GUGAAGGCAGGAAAAGUUUCUCCAGAGGAAAAAUGCAGGGCUUGUCCUUCUCCCUGACGUCAGAUCUGUCUUUAAUAAAAUCCCCAAAGAGCCAAGAGAAAAAGGCAGACUGCUUAGGAUAGGUUGCCAGUUCAGGAUUGCUCUGCAUUUCCCAAAGUGGUGUUCUUGUUCAAAACGGCUCUAAAUCUGGGUUCAAUCAAUGUAUUUAAUCCCGGCUUCCAGGGAUGAGGUGGCUUUUGCCCUGGAUUCUAGCAACAAGCAGCAUUUUGCAGGCCAUUGCCCAGACCUCCAUCACCAUGAGCCCCACCAUCCCUGCCGUGACAGAGGCCUACACACGGACUCAGUACUGUAAGUGGCCGUGUGAGUGUCCGAAGUUCCCACCUCGGUGCUCAGUAGGCAUCAGCCUGGUCACAGACGGUUGCGACUGCUGCAAGAUGUGUGCCAAACAGCGUGGAGAAAGUUGCACUGAGGCCGACACCUGUGAUUUCCACAGGGGAUUGUACUGUGACUACAGUGGAGACAGACCUAGGUACGAAAUAGGAGUAUGUGCACAGAUUGUCGGUGUUGGAUGUGUCCUCAAUGGAGUCAGGUACAAUAACGGGGACACAUUUCAGCCCAACUGCAAAUAUAAUUGCACAUGCAUUAACGGGGCCGUGGGAUGUGUUCCCAUGUGCACAAAUUCACGUCCUCCCCUUGUCUGGUGCCCAAACCCAAAGCUGAUUAAGAUGGCAGGGAAGUGCUGUGAGCAGUGGAUUUGUGAUGACUCCAAGAAAAUCAGGAAGACAUCUCCACGCCACAUCUCCUCUGCAGCAUAUGAGGGAGAGGAUGAAGCCUGGCAGAAGAACUGCAUAGUUCACACUUCGUCUUGGAGUCCCUGUUCAAAGACCUGUGGGCUAGGCAUCUCCACCAGGAUUUCCAACGAUAAUGACCAGUGUCGGCUCCUGAAGGAAAGCCGCCUAUGCAACAUGCGGCCCUGCGAGGUGGAUAUAACCCAGCACAUUAAGCCUGGGAAGAAGUGCUUGGCUGUCUACAGGGCCAAUGAACCAAUGAACUACACCAUCUCAGGAUGUGUCAGCAAAAGUCCAUAUAGACCCAAGUACUGUGGCAUCUGCACAGACAAUAGGUGCUGCACACCCUACAAGUCCAAGACUAUUGAAGUGAGGUUUCAUUGCCCAGAUGGAACUGAGUUUUCCUGGAAAAUCAUGUGGAUCAAUGCUUGUUUUUGCAACCUGAACUGCAAGAACCCCAAUGACAUCUUUGCUGACUUGGCUCAUUACCACGAUUACUCUGAGAUUGCUAAUUAAAUUGGCUGAAUGCUGGAAUUGACCCAUUGCUCUGAUUUUACAGAGGAUUUAAAAUAAAAGGAGAAUCUUUCAUCCACUGCCAAUGUACAAUUUGUUUUUUUCCUCAGUUAGGAUAUUAAAUCUCCUUGUUUUGCCACACCAUUUUCGGCGAGGUCUUGAACAAGCAGGGUUUUCAACUCCAAUAAACCUCCAUCCAUUAAUGACAGCCAGGAAUUACUCUAUGCACAGAUUCUAGAACUUAAAUGACAGUCCUGUUGGUGCUGCCAUUUAUUAGGCUAGCAGUUUGUUUACUUGCCCAAAAGAAAGAAUGAUACACUAGUAUGACAGCAAAAGCAUGGCUGUCAGUAGCUUAGACAUGAGCUUCAGACACGAGCUUCAGACACUGUUCAUUUACUGUCAUUUCUUAGAUAAUGUGGUCUAGGCUGGAAAAUGAGCAUUGGCAUAUACGUUUUCUUCAACAUUAGUUCAUUCUUUGAUGUAAUUGACCCUGGGGACUUGACUCUGAUCUCUGUCACACUGAUAUUAGUCAUAGAACUCCUCUGUCAUUUUUUAUCAGAUCCCACCCCACAGUCUAAUUCAUAGGAAGAAUGAAUGGCUUCUCUUCAAAUAUCUGUUUAAGGAGUCCUUGUCUCACUGCCUUUGUGUGAUCCUCUGUGCCCUGUUCUCCUUGAACUCACAUGGAUCUCUUGGAAUAUCUUGCACAUUUUCUCAAUCAGCUCUGAUCUUGAGCAGCCCGAAUGCUCUGCAUCCAAAAUGGUCACCCCAAAGCUCACGUUUUCAGAACAGAUAUUCUUGUCCAUGGAUUACAUAUAGCUUAUAGCUUAGCUUUGCAGAGCUGAAGGAUGAAAUGGAGAGUCAGAUGAGAGGUAAAUGACAAUAACUCAUGUGCCAAUUUAUUCAUAUAGAAAUUAUGUGAUCCGUGCAUGCGGGUUACCACCUCCUUCUCCCUGUGGUGUCAACAGCACACAGGUCGUGUUUCCCACUGCCAACUUGCCAGUGACACACACUGGCUGCAGUAAAUGAAAGGAGAUACAUGCUAAAUGACAAAACGGGUUUCAGCUUCCACAUCAGGUCUGUGUACAAAUGGAUUCAGAAGGAGAGGACAACCCACGGCGUAGCUUCUGGUGUAUCAGUUGCAACUGGGCUGCUUCUUAGAAUGAACAUCAAUGUAAACAUUUUCUGCAGAAGUGGUUUCACAUGCAAGUGUCAGCUAAGAGAAGAAAAGACCCGUCAUUACCUUUCCAGACAAUAAAUUUAUCACCAUUGAUGGAUGAUAGAGCUAGGCUUUUCUCCAACAGAUGUUUAGUACAGCACCCAUGUACCAUAGCACAUCUGCUGUUGCUUCAAUUGGGAGAGUAGAAAUAUGUUUCUGCAUGGGCAACAGUAGCAUCUACUUCCAAAAUCCCUGCUGGCAUAGCAGAACUACUGAGUAACAUGUUCUGGUGGUUUGACUAGUACAGGACUGAAAUUCAUAUAAUACAAUUAUUUAAAAUCAGUCACUUAUUUUAUUUUAGUUCCAGCUGCCAAAUUAUUUGUCUUUAUCUUGAUAUUCCAGAGGAAGCUAGAUUAGUUUGCAGGAGGCAGAAAUCUUUCUGGCUAUGACAAAUAAAAGCUUCAUGCGAGCAAGCUGAAAAUUUUGCAGUCCCUAUGUAAAACAGUCUAGGAGAAACGAGGUAGAUCUUCAAAAGCUUUUAACUUCAAUGGCAUCUUUUCUUGUAUACAAGGAUUGGGCAAGCGUGAUUCCUGUCUGCAUGCUCCAGAGCAGGUGCAAAGUUCCUCAUCUAUUUGUUUCUCCAUUGAUAAUGAACCUAAGGACACUAACAUUUUGGAAGAUUCAGCCUUAUGACUGCCUUUGGCCUGGAUGGUGUAACAGGAGAGGUCACAUCUUUACCUCCCCUCAGAUGAGGCCUCAGUACUUGCAAGACUAAGCAUGUUACAUUCAAAAUUUCAUGAGUUGGUAAAAAAAAAAAAUAAUAAUCCAUGAGAAUAGAUGGAAAAGAAGCCUUGGCAAAGAAGUUGACAAUGUUUUCCAAAAGGGAAAAUGUUUUUUGUUGAGAUGCUUGGUAGAGAAGCCAUACUAGGACCUCUUUCUCAGUCAUAUAAGUUAAAUACGACUUGAAAUCCUGCGUUCUCAUUCUAGCUCAUCUUAAAAUAGUAUAUAUAUAUGUGUGUGUCUCCUUAUAUACAUUUAUGUAUAUGCCUAUAUACAAAUAUAUACAUAAAUACACAUACGUACACACAUAUGUAUAGGUACAUAUAAAAUAUUAUAUGCAUACAUUUAUAUAAUGUUGUAUAUAACAUUAUAUAUUAAACCAUAUAUGAACAUGUCCAUGAAUAUGUAUGUGUUUAUUUGCAUAUGUUUAUUCCUAUUUUGCAGUCUGUUUUGCCUAAAAUAGAGUGCAUAUAUAAUGUGUGUUUAUAUGUAUAAUCAGUUUUUCACUAUCUUACAUGUGCACAUAAGGAAACAAGAAAACAGGGUCAACAGACAUAGACCAACUGUAGAAAUUAAUAGGCUUGCUUUGGUUCGUAAUUAGCUGACACUGUAACCACCAUACUGAAAUCCUGCCAUGGCUGAAACACAGCUUUCAUUGCAAGAUAAAAGAAGCUAUUGUAAGCUAAUGCAUGUCCAACAGCUCCAGCGUGUGUGAAGUGAAUGCUUGGAAACCACAGAUCUCACCCAACGGACCCAAGAUGUUUCUGUUUCUAGCCUGGUUUCCUAAGGGAACAAGACACGUGCAACGGCACCAUCCAUUUGUUUGUCUGUCAGUCAGACCAUUUGUGGGAAAUGUCAAACAAAGUAGGUAAAACAGAAAAGAUCUCAGAAAUAUUGUGGGUCCUGAAAUAAAAAGUGAAAUAAAAUAGCAGGACAAGGGAGGGACCCACCACAUUGCUCCUACCAAGCCCAUGCACGUCUGCCAGGCAGCCAGCACAUCUGCAGCACAGCCCAAACACAAGAGCAGCUUUAAGGGAUUUUGAGCAGAUGCGCCAGGUAGAACCAAGCAGCCAUGGAAGAGGAAGAGCUGAAGGCAUCAUGAACGGGGAACAGUGGCCUUUACACUGCUGUACAGAAGUUUCUGAGGACAUCGGACACAAAUCUUUAGGAAAAGAAGCCUCACUAGCUCUAUUGCUUGUGCAACUGCUUGUCUCUCUGGUGAUACUGAAAGGGAAAGAGCGAGUGAACUUGUCUUGCAGUUUGUAGUGCGUUAGAAAUCCUUUGUUUUAAUGGAUGUUUACAGGAAGAUUAGCCCUAGAACUAAGGCAAUAGUGUAGAUGUCAGAUUCAGUUCCCCAGCUCCCUGUGUGCUUGAGCAAAUAAUUUAUCUUUACAAAAGUACUUUUGUGGUUACUGUUUAAAUCUAGAUCCUCAAAGCCUUUCACGGAUCCAGCCCUUUGCUUUGCUUUUUCUUCGUUCUUCAGAGCCAGAACAACAAAGCCCCAUUGUUAAUUGCAUCUAUUGAGAGUGAAAACUCCUCCAGCAGGAACUGAUGCUCACUGUAUGUUUGUGCAGUGCCUUGUACAAUGGCUUCAGGUCUCUGCUGGGACCUGAAAGCAGUACCACCAUCCAAGAAAGCAACAAUAACAGCAUUGAGGAGAUACUAGGCUCCGAAAUGGUCCCAGACCCCUGUGGUGCAGCAGUCCAGGGAAAGGCUUGAGAAACAAUAGGAGUGACAAUUUCAUAGAAUCAUAGAAUCAUUAAGGUUGGAAAAGACCUCUAAGAUCAUCCAGCUCAACCAUAAUGUCUGGUCCAAGCAUAUCAUCCAGUCCAAAUUUCACAAUCCAGGCUAAGCCAAGACAGUUUGACACAGAUCUUGCUCAUGUAAAUUAUCCUGUUGGUAUUGUAGGCUGGCACAAGUGUGGAGGACAGGAUUUCAGGAUCAAUUCAUGCUAAUAAGAAUAGCAGGACUCCAGCUAGCUCCAGUGACCAUAGCCAUUAGCCUUCUGUAGCUUUAUCAGAAUCAAUAUGGUGACUCAAGCCGCCUUCUUUGGGAGCCCCAGAAAGCAGGUCAUUCACUCACUGCAAGAUAAAAAGAAGCUAGAAUGUCACUUAUGAAGAUGUCUUUACAUUGAGUGUUGACGAGUAUUUAAAACACUGUUUCAGUGUGCAUACAACGGAAAAAGAGUGUGGUGAAGUUACUUUGAUGUCCUCACCAGGAUUUUGUUGUUCAUAUGUAUAACUCUAAGAAGACCACGAUAUUUAGAAAUGCUGUGUCAUCUUGUAAAUUAAACCCUGAGAUUUUUUUCUCCCAGUUUCUGGAAGGAGUUUUAAGACAGGCAGUUUAUUAAACUCAGAGUGCUUUCAUUAACUAUAGGCACAUAUCCAUACGCAUACCUUUUCAAAUGGUGACUUUCCAGUGUAAAUGGUUCUACAGAGUUGCUUCUGUAAGCAUCAUAGGCAGAAAUAUAUGAAAAAUUAAUGCAGAAAACAGAUUGGUUUGGCGUUGUUAGACUUACAUCAACUAUGUAACAUGUAUUACUUGUUCGUACUGCAUUAUGGUGAGGU